AUGCCGAAGGAACGCAACAUCAAUCCGGUGCAAGCCCAGCGCAAGGCUGACAAAGCUAAAGCAAUCAAGAAGGGCAAGGCUGAAGUCCAAUCCCGUCGCAAUGAGAAGCUUGCUCGUCGAAAUCCCGAACGAAUUCAGAAACAAAUAGACGAUCUCAAGGCCAUCACAACAGGAGGCGGCAAGCUUUCUCGCCACGAAGAACAAGUUCUCGAAGGUCUCGAGAAGGAGCUGCGUGCAGUGAAGAAGGCGCGCGAAGCACUGGGCGAUAAAGCCCCAUCAUUUGGACACGGAGGCUUCAGCCGCGAUGGUGACUCCUCAAGAGGCGUCCUUGGGAAGCGACGGCGGGACGACGAUGAAUUGACAAGCGACGAGGAUGUUCCCGGUGACGUCAAGAGUAUUCCUAUGCCACGAGACACCCCACCACCGAUUCCAAAGGAAGUGAUGGACAAGUGGUACGCCAAGAGACGAGCUCGUCGGCAAGCUGAGCAGGCUGAAAAUCAGAAAUCAGAGGAGAAGGAAGAGAAGCUUGUGGCGCCAGAACCGAAGACUGUGUACGAGGCCAAGCCCAUGGUUCGAAACUUGACCAAGGAGGCGGUAUCUGCAUUCGUGCCUACUGCCGUCAAAAUCAAGAUGGAUAAGGGCAAGGGUCAGGGCGGUCUAAUGGAGCCUGAGGAAGCGGAUAGGCUUGAACAAGAGGGGUACUUGAAAGCGGUAACCUCGAUCGACGCAACCGAAACCGCUGCACCCAGGAAGGCUAUGGUCGAAGACGCUGACGAUGACGAUGUUUGA